AGUCAGUAUUAGUCAGUAACAUUGACUAAGUUUAAAUAAGUCUACUAUAUUUCAUUAAAUUAACCUCUAAGUCUAAUAUAAACAUAUAUUUGAAUACCAUGGCAAAUUUAGAUUUGUUGCAAACAUUACAUGGCCAUAAAGGCAUCGUUUGGAAUGUAGCAUGGCAUCCAUUAGGAAAUAUAUUUGCAUCUUGUGGUGAAGACAAAACAAUAAAAUUAUGGAGCAAAGAAGGACUGGAAUGGACUGUAAAAACAGUUCUUGUGGAUGGCCAUCAACGCACUAUCAGAGAAGUAGCUUGGUCUCCAUGUGGUAAUUUUUUGGCAUCGGCAAGCUUUGAUGCUACUACUGCAAUUUGGGACAAGAAAAGUGGUCAAUUUGAAUGUAAUGCUACACUGGAAGGCCAUGAAAAUGAAGUUAAAAGUGUGGCAUGGUCCCCAUCUGGACAACUGUUAGCGACAUGUGGUCGAGACAAAUCAGUCUGGGUGUGGGAAGUUGCAGGAGAAGAUGAAUAUGAGUGUGAAUCAGUUCUCAAUGCCCACAAUCAAGAUGUUAAAAAAGUUGCUUGGCAUCCUUCACUAGAUAUCUUGGCAUCGGCUUCAUAUGACAAUACUAUUAAAUUGUACAAAGAAGAUCUCCUAAACAAUGAUUGGACUUGUGUAGCUACACUUAUCUCCCAUGAGUCUACUGUAUGGAGUUUAGCUUUUGAUAAGACAGGGGAGCGCCUAGUUACUUGCAGUGAUGAUAAAACUGUUAAGAUUUGGAAAGAAUAUAAGCCUGAUAACCAGGAAGGUGUAGUGGUCGCAGACAAAGAAUCCGUAUGGAAAUGUGUGUGUACAUUAUCAGGGUAUCACACAAGAUGUGUGUAUGAUGUUGCUUGGUGUCACAAAACAGGAUUAAUAGCUACAGCAUGUGGGGAUGAUAUUAUAAGGAUCUUCAAAGAGUCUGAAGACUCUGAUCCUAAUGCACCAACUUUUGAACUAAUAUGUACAAAAUUAAAUUCUCAUUCACAAGAUGUCAAUUGUGUCACUUGGAAUCCUACAGGAAGUCAAGAACUGUUAUCUUGCAGUGAUGAUGGUGAAAUUAGAAUAUGGAAAUUUUCUGAGUAGGACUAAUGUGGUUAAGAAUUAUGUGAUAAAAAUUAUGUAACAAAUAAUUGUAUAACUAAAUUUAGUUGUUUGUAAAUAAGGUUUUUGAUUCCUUGAAUAUAUAUAAGGGAACAGAUAUUUUAGAAAUAAACAAAAUGUUAUAGUCCAUGUAUUUUAUUUAUGCAAAGUUAUUUAAAAUAUUGUUUUUCUAUGAUCACAAUGAUUAAAAUUGCUAUCUCAGUACAAAACAUGAAAACCGUGAAAGUAAUCUCUUAAAUUUCAGUUCAUAUCUGAUGCUUUUCAAAUUAGGAAGAUCAGUUAGUUCAAAGAAACUAUUACUAUUAAGUAACUUUUCAUCUAUUGUUACAUCAAAAAUGUCAAACGGCAAAUUCCCUGGAGUGUCACUGGUGGAUGUUGUAUCGGUUCUUGAAAAGUUCGCACCCAAGGAGCUGUCAGAGAGUUGGGAUAAUACGGGC